AUGCCGCGUUCAAAGAGUUCCAAAUUUCUGCGCUCAUCCGCGACGAAUCCAUUACCCGUCAUCGCCCCUUCAGGGACACGCGAUAUUCAAUCGAAGAUCAUAGCCUUGAAGAAUGAGCGUCAAAACCUCAUUGAUACGCCGUUAUUAGCCACACCGGAGAAGAUACGUGCGUUUCAUGUAUCCCUCAUAGACGCCAUAUUUUCACUUGUUGGUGCAGAUAGUAGCAAGUAUCAGAACUGUUUUCGGCAUUGCAUAAAGUUAUGUAAAGCUACAGAUACUUACAAAGCCACUAGCUGGGGUAGCUGGACUGGACUGAAUAGUUUCAUGAAGGUGAUGGAAAAGGCUGAUCGCCGGACUCGGUACUCAAAUCUGCUUCAUUGCCCUGCAGCCCCAGAUCUGAUGGUCGCAAUCGCCAUAGAGAAAGUCGUGCUGCAUACCCAAAAUAUGCAGGGACGUAACAGGAUCUCUGACUUUCUCAGAGAUUUUGACUGCUAUAAUAAAGCUACCUCAGCCAUAUACUAUCAUCAGAAGGGCAAUCGUGAGAACAUCCUUACACUGGACCAGCCUUGGGAUCUGACUGCGCCCGUACACCGCCCACCGACUCGGCUGGCUGAUAAAUCCGAAUUGACCACUUCUUCAGUCACUUCCAAAGACAGAAUGGUGGUAUCGAGAGGUAAUGCUACUAGAAACGCAACAGGGUUGGUCGAAAAUCCAACUUCAAUAAAAAUAGAGUCAUCUCCAGAGUAUGAGGCUGAAUCAUCCGCUGAACAUCAAGCCACAGCUCAUGCUAUACAGGAAGCUGGUUUACGUGCUGCGCUUCAGCCUGGGCCCCUUAGAGGAUGCGAAGGGCCAGUACCAAUCUCCAUGCCCAUGCAGGAACCUUCCACGACAGGGGAAUAUUGCGUACAAGUCUCCCGCGCAGAGACGAUGGAACGCCUGCAGCCUCUCUUUGAUAGAUUGAAUCACGAGGAUUGGACUGGUAGGAUCGAAGAUGACUUUAUGCGCAUCUUGACAGCAAAAAGCAUCAAAGUCAUAACUGCAGAAGCAAAAGGGAUGCUGCGCUUGUGGGCAAGCAGGGUAAGAAAUGAGGUAGUCUUGUCAUGGCUUGAGCAAGCACAGGAGGACCUCACUGUCUUCCAAUGGAUUGAGAGACAUACAGAACCCCCUUCUGCGAUGUGGCGCAGCGAUCAGUCUGUCCGUGCAAUCAUUCACGACCUGGAUGAAAUGAUUGCCGCAGUCUCAGAGCCAAUUCUCCGGGACCAGCUUUGGGCUACAGUGAGUGCGCUGAGAGGCAUUGUUGCGGGCUAUAGCUGA